UUAUAAAGUGCAUCAAAUACCGCAGAAAAAAUAGGCGUCAAAGAACGGACUCAUGUACUGCGUUGCUGCCAUCUGCAGACGAAGUGAUUGCCGAGGAAUACAACUAAAGAUAUGUUGGGAUGAAAAUUCUAUACCUCUUCAGCCUGGUGAAGUACAGCUUAGCCCUGUGAUAAAAUUUCAGCCUUAUGGGAAGCAACUAUCCAAACCAGUGCAAGUCAGAAUACCUCAUAGUGCUUUGGUGUAUUUAAGCAAUGGCUGGAACAUCAAGCCGAAAAGCUCUGUACCACACAAAGGCUCAAUUGUAUGGAAGGGGGAAAACAAAUUCCAAGUCCACAAUAAUGAAGUCAGCUUUCAGGUUGAUAAUCUUACCUCCUAUGUUAUCAUCGGUACCUCACUUGAUAACGGCAAACCAACAAAGAAGCGCUUUCAAGGCGCUGUUUUUGGUGGAGUGGGCACAGUUGGUGUGGACUACACAGCAUACUUAUAUAUCUUUGAUGACAGUGAGUCAUCAUUUGAGAAAAUCAUGCAAGAAGAGAAAUCAACCGGUAGAACCCUGCUUGGUUCCCCUCAGUCCUUUUAUGUCGAGACUAUGAUUGAUACUAAAGUAAAGAUCUCAGUCAAAGAACCAAUGGAAGGAUGGAUUGUUGGAGAGAUAAAACCAGAGUUCAUUACACAAACAAAUUUGAAGGAUUCUUAUCAAGCAAUACCCAGAACAACAGUAAAGUUUAAACAUGACAAUGGCCGUAACCGAGACUUCCUUUGUGUGUUUGAACUAACUGCAGAAGAUACCACAACAUCGAUUUGUGCUGUUGCCACGAUUAGAGAGGAUCCAUCUAGGAAGUUUCAGGAGCACCAACCAGGAUUUGGUAAUGGCAGUCAUCAAUUUGUGACUGGGAGAAACUUGUGUGAUCCACUGAUCGUCAACCCAGACAAACCAUCACCUUGUCUUAAAGAUCUUCCAAAGGAGGUACUUGAAGCUCUUUGUGUGAAACUUGAUAAGCCCCUGAAAGGAGUUGGCAAUUGGAGGCAUGUUGCAACGUGCCUUGAUUUCACCGAGGAACAAAUUCAGCGUUUCCGGAAUGAAAUGUUGACUCCUGACGGAAGUCCUUGCACUGUUAUGUUGGAGGCACUGGUGACGAAGUCACCACAGUUCACUGUGGCAGAAUUUGUACGUAUUCUACAAACAAGGAAGAUUCAGCGCUUUGAUGCGGUGGAAGUUCUGGAGCCUCAUUUACACAGCUGUUGAGAAUGAUCUGCCCAAGAAUCGAGAGACAUUCUCAAUUACUCACAUUGUAACGGACUUGUCGAACUUUUUGGCUUUUUGCACCGAUUUGCUGUAUCAGAUUGAAAUCACUGUCAAAUAAACUAACAGAUUUCUAAAGCCUCUA